GCGCCGGGUCCUGGGGCGGAGGAGGGGGAGCGUGGCCCCCGAGCCCUGGCCGCCCGGGGUGCUGUCGUGCUCCGCUCCUGGUUGCAGACUCUUGCAAGCCGGAUGCCCUCUGUGGAUGAAAGAUGUAUCAUGGAAUGAACCCGAGCAAUGGAGAUGGAUUUCUAGAGCAGCAGCAGCCUCAGUCCCCCCAGAGACUCCUGGCCGUGAUCCUGUGGUUUCAGCUGGCGCUGUGCUUCGGCCCUGCACAGCUCACGGGCGGGUUUGAUGACCUUCACGUGUGUGCUGACCCCGACAUCCCCGAGAAUGGCUUCCAGACCCCCAGCGAAGGGGUUUUCUUUGAAGGCUCUGUAACUCGAUAUCACUGCCAAGACGGAUACAAGCUGAAGGGCUCUGCAAAGAGACUGUGUAUGAAACUUUUUAACGGAACCCUAGGCUGGGCCCCAAGUGGUAAACCCAUCUGUGUGAAAGAAGAAUGUCGUAUUCCUCAAAUUGAAGAUGCUGAGAUUCAUAACAAGUCAUAUGGACCCGGAGAAAAGUUAAUCAUCACUUGUCAUGAAGGAUUCAAGAUCCGUUACCCCGACCUAUACAGCAUGGUUUCAUUAUGUCACAGUGAUGGAACGUGGGAUAACCUGCCCAUCUGUCAAGGCUGCCUGAGACCUCUAGCUUCUUCUAAUGGCUACGUGAACAUGUCUGAGUUGCAGAUGUCCUUCCCAGUGGGGUCUGUGAUCGCCUAUCGCUGCUUUCCUGGAUUUAAACUCGAGGGAUCUGCGAACAUCGAGUGCUUACACAACCUUAUCUGGUCGUCCAGCCCACCCCGGUGCCUUGCUCUGGAAGUAUGUCCGCUACCUCCCAUGGUGAGUCACGGAGAUUUCGUCUGCCACCCGCGGCCUUGUGAGCGCUACAACCACGGAACUGUGGUGGAGUUUUACUGCAAUCCUGGCUACAGCCUUACCAGCGAUUACAAGUACAUCACCUGCCAGUAUGGAGAGUGGUUUCCUUCCUAUCAAGUCUACUGCAUCAAAUCAGAGCAAACAUGGCCCGGCACCCAUGAGACCCUCCUGACUACGUGGAAGAUAGUGGCAUUCACAGCGACCAGCGUACUGCUGGUACUGCUACUUGUCAUCCUGGCCCGGAUGUUCCAGACCAAGUUCAAGGCUCACUUUCCCCCCAGGGGGCCUCCCAGGAGCUCCAGCAGUGACCCUGAUUUUGUGGUGGUGGAUGGUGUGCCUGUCAUGCUCCCAUCUUACGACGAGGCUGUGAGUGGUGGCUUGAGUGCCUUAGGCCCCGGGUACCUGGCCUCCGUGGGCCAGGGCUGCCCCUUACCCGUGGACGACCAGAGCCCCCCAGCAUACCCCGGUUCAGGAGACACAGACACAGGUCCAGGGGAGUCAGAAACCUGUGACAGCAUCUCAGGCUCUUCCGACCUGCUCCAGAGUCUGUAUUCACCUCCCACAUGUCAAGAAGGUAUCCGUCCUGCUUCCGACAACCCGGACACAAUUGCCAGUGUGGCAGGGGACGUGGCAUCCACCAGCCCGGGCAUCGACAUUGCAGAUGAGAUUCCUCUAAUGGAAGAAGAACCCUAACCAGGUGAAAUCCUGAUGAUUCUAGUGCUUCUUUGGGGAAAAGGACCUUGUACCUUGGAGUGAGGCCACAGAAGAACAGAGCUUGGGGGCAAAAUUUCUAAUUUCUAAUUUACGCUGAGGAUAGCGAUUCACAUCGUACAUCUCGGACUCAACAGUGAGGCAGCAAACUACAGUGGCAGUGCUUUUAAAUGAGACUUGAGGAUUUGCCAAGACCUAUGGGGAACCAAGGGUAGUGGGGAAACCCCUCGCAGUCCCAGAUGGAGGUGUUAAGUGCAUCUUGUGCUGUGGAACUUGGGACAAUCAAUGCACAUCUCACCAAAUCACACGUCCCGCUGAUUUACGAGUACUUCCUGCCCCCUUUGAAAGCAUGUCACAUUAUGUAAAUUUGCUUCUAAAAUCUGCUUCAAACCGUCUCUGGGCUCCAAAUUCGGAUAGGUCAGCCUCCAUGGAAAGUCUGUGUUCAGAUGCUGGAAGAACAGCAGAGCCUCCCGCACCCUCAGUGAGGGGUCUGGCGCCCAAAGGAAAGGUCCUCAUGUGUCAUUUGGAAAUCUUCCUUCAUCCAGACAGCUCUACUGGAAGCAGGAUGUGGCAGAUCCGGUGAGAAAGGAAAGGAAAGACAAGCAGGCUCUGCUUUCUGGAAAUUUCUUCAAAAAGUAGAGUUCGUGUACUCUGUGCUGUCCUCUGGUGACAUAUCGUCAGUAUUUGUAUUCAUGGUAUAGCACAUGAACCCAUGGCAUUGGAUAAAUCUGUGAUUUUACAUAUGGUCAGAAUGUGUUCAGAUACAUCUCAUGGUGGAGACAGUAACCGAGGUAAUAUUUUGUUUCAGCAUUUUAAAAACAUUCCACUCAGCAAUUUAUCUCAGAAUCAUGAGUCCCUCUCCAGUUAACUAUUACCAUUGUUGCCCCCACCCCUCAAUGCGAUCACGUUUUUAUUUUCCAAAACAGAAAUUGCUUCUGUAAACAUCUUCCACCUCCAAAGGAAGUGUGAAGUUGAAUUCUUCCCCCUUUUAUUUUGUCCUGCAAAACCAGGAGGCUGGCCUCCCAGCCCAGACCGCUCAGCCACCUGGCCUACCUGCCUUUCCCUCAGUCCUCCUGCGAGGGUCUCAUGGCAGCCAUGGGGUGUUGUUCCUAAGAAAUGGAUUGAUAAAGAAGUUUCUCGAAUUGUCCUGAAGUGACUCUUCAAAGACAUGUUGACCUGUGGAGUUGAUUCCUUUCCUCCUCUGGGUUUUAGACAAAUAUAAACAAAACCCGAUCCAUAAAAUUGCUAUGCUGAUAGAGCCUUGAGGGCUGGGAGCUUGAUCAAGUCCUGUUUUCUCUUGACACAGACUGAUUAAAAAUUAAAAAGAAAAUGACA